CGUGUGUAGAAGGACGUUUAUUAAGUUCCGCAAAAACAAUAUUACGCGCAUUCGAUCGAUUUAUUAAAAAUCUGUUUUAUAACAUUUAAGGACAUGUUGUGAUUUUGUUAAUUAAUAAUAAGUGAAGUUUUAACUGUUCACAAUGGCUAAGGAAAUGAUGAUAGUGUUUGUGUAUGACACAGAGUGUUGUGUGGCUGAAGAAGAUGAUCCGGCUGAUGCAGUUCUUUAUUUUCACCCUGGUUGGGUGUCAGAUACCCAACGGCAUGCUUUGGCUGGACAGGUGGUGGGAGCGGCUCACUGCAUCAAGUCUCUAUUCUCUCAGCCGUCGGCGAUCACGUUGCAGAGUGGGAAGUUUAUUAUAAGGGAAUACGGAAGAUACGUUUUGGCGAUAGGCAGCGAUCGAAAUAUCCCCGACUGGGUGCUGAAAAACCGGGCUAACCUCCUCACAUCCAUGAUAAAAGUAUACCAUGGUGAUCUCCAGUCGUUGGCAGUAUCCAUGGAGGACCAGAAACGCCUAGCUGAGAAGCUAUACCAGAUCUUCGAGACUUACUUACCGGUGCUGCAGUAUGGCUGCCAUAUAUUUCAACGAGUGCCAAUGUUGAGUCUUCCAAAGAGUGCCACAUCAGUUUAUUUGGAGUCGAUGCAAAUUUUGGAGCAGUGUCGAAGGAGUAAAGGAGUUCUGGGAGGCGUCAUUUUGUAUAAUAAUAAGAUAAUUUCAACUCAACUACCACCAAGUCUGACCUCAUACAUAACAGUUGUAGACCCGUAUCGGAUAAAAUCUCCAGCAGAAACGCUCGACACGGAUACGCCUUUGCCUCUUGGAUCCCAAGUAUUAGUGGUAUACGUCGGUAGAAAGACAUACAACAGUUUGAAGAAACAAUCUAGCAAAUUGCAGGAUUUCGCACGAAAUGGGGAAGAAAUGAUUAACGGAUUCAAAAAGGCUCAAGAAAUUGAAAAAGAAAAAGUUAGAGAACAUCCACAGUCAGGCAUGAAAAGGGAUAAAUCGUUAUUAUUCACAGCCGUGCCAGAAGAGGACCACACAAUGAUCUCGCCUCCCAAUAGAGAGGAGGUACCGGGAGAAAAACGAAAACCCAGUAUGCCUGACGUCGUCCCGUUCGCGAACAAACCAAGAUCACGUCCCAACAAACUCUCCCUAAGCUUUAAGAACCAGAAGUCACUCGAUGAAGACGUUAAAGAAAAUGAAAACGUAUUCACGGGACAGACCAGCGUAUGCUCGACGCCAAUGGUCGAGUACAAACGCUUACACGGAAAUAUGCUGUCGAUCUGUCAAAAUCUCGAAAGUCAGGACAAAUCAGACGUAGAACCGGACGUACUCAAAAACAUAGAAAAUAAAGUAGACGAAAAACGAGAUAAUGAAACGGUACUCAAUUCAGACUGCCUAGCUGAACAUUUUAUUAACAAACCAGAACCUUUACGAAAGCUAGCCAGUGUUACCGAUUUACAGGAGACGUUUAAAAAGAUCUCUAGAAAUGGUUCUAAAAUUAUGUUAAAGUCUAAAGAGUCGCUGGAUUUAUCACCUACUCUACAACGGAAGAAUCAAAACACCAUUACCAUAAAUGAUCCCUCAUUUCCAGUAUUCAGAAAUGAUGGCAUUGCAAUCUCAGAGUCACUAUUUAACCAGUAUCUCGAACAGUAUUACGCUGGAAUGAAAGACAAGAAGGAAGAAAAUAUGUUUAACUUCAAUCUAAAAUUAUGUGAACUGGACAAAUUUCAAGAUUUUGACUCGGAAUUAGCGAAAUCCCCCCAGCGAACGCCGAAGAAAAUAGCUAAAGACUCAACGAAGACUCUGGCUGUCACAGAUCAGUCCAGACGAAAAUCUCUAUCAUUACCACUGAAAUCUCUAAAUACAGAACAAACAGAUUCAGAUGUAGGUUUUAAGAAAAAGUUAUCUGGUGUUCAGUUAACACCGCUUAUGGAAAAAUUGAGUCAUCUAGCAUUUUCAGACAAAUCAAGUGGAUACAGUAGUAGGGUUAUGACGCCGUUGGAGUUACGCGAUAUUUUAACGCCCGGCUUGGAGAAACAGAUUAACUUCAGUGAAAGUUCCAGACCGAAACCAAUCCGAAAUGAAUGGGACAGCGAAUCCGAUAGUGAAUCAGAUGCUGAAGGAGAAAUGUUACCGGACUAUACAGCUCACGCAGUUAAAUGCGCUCUUUUUGUGAGCGGACUACACAAUAUGGCACUGUUGGCUCUAAUGGAUGUUGAGGCAGCUAAUGAUCCAGAAACUAUUAAUUCCUUGUGGGAAACAUCUCUUAACGCAUUAGGUCCAAUCGAGCAGCAAUGUAUAGACCCACUUGUGGCGGGACCUGAUGCUCACGAUUACAGUUACUUGAUGCUGGAUCCGGAUUGGGGAACUGUGAAGAAAGGUGGCCCAUGGGCAGCCAUGGACAUCGCGACUAUGGGGCUUAUACACAACGAAUUCGAGGAUGACAGUGACACCUCGGAGUUUAUGUUGAGGAGCGAAGACAGUGUAGUAUUGGGAGUGUCCUGUGGGAAAUCGCAAAUAUUUUACCAAGAGAAUGGCCAGAGACAGCCUGGCCUUCCUCCACCUUCCGACAUUCUUGCGACAGCUCCUUUACGCGCCAGACGAAGAUUGCACAGGGACCACUCGGCUUUAAUACUAUAGAUUGGAUUACGGAUAACGGAUUUAAGGACGCGUCCCGAAAAUUUGAAUGACUUUAAUGGACGGUAUAUGUGAAUUGUAAAAAUUUUACAAGAUAUCUCGAAACCAGUUCAAUUUGCAGAGAAUUUUUAGAAAUAUGACAAAAAGUCGAGUCGUUGGAACAUUACAGUUUUUCAAAAAACCAAUUCAGUAUUUUAUGAGUCAUCAAUUUUCCAAACCCAAUUUAUUGUUGUGGUAAAAGUUAUUUAUUACAUUCCAUUUGUCAUUUCUAUUUUAUUGACGGUAUUUUUAAUAUUUACAUUCCAGACCAUAUUUAAAUCAUACAUUACUUUAUAUUUACGAUUUUAUUUCAUCUAGGAAUUUUAUUUAUGAAGAAAUGUGUUCAGACCUAAUUGAAUCUGGACAAUAAAAUAACUUGAGUAUAUACUCAAAUUAGACUAAACUGUGUCGUUUAAUCGUCAAUUUAUUAUUUCGGAAUUUUUGUGUAUUUGGAUAUUAGUAAUUGUAGAUACAAUUAGUAUAGGCUAGACUUUAAUUUCACUAGGAAUGUAAACGUUUGAUUUUAUAUGGCUAAUGACUUCCUUCCUAUAGAAAUACUCUUAACGUAGUUUUAACCUAUAACAAAGACCUUAAAUAUCUUCUAGAAAAGCGUAGUUUUUUGGUCUUUGCUGUUACUGGAAGCAAAUUUUUGCACUUUAUCUUUGUUAAGAGAAGAUACUCUUUCGCACUCUAUUUUGUCUCUGGUUUUACUUCAGACGACAUUGACUUGAAACUCAAACUCUUUUCAAAGGUCGGUGCGCCAUAUUAUCACCUAUGUAGAAUAAACAGGAUCCGUACAUAUCUUUGAUGCCAUCUAAAAAUGUUUAUUUACAUUCGAUAGUUUAAUUGCAAUUCGUCCGAUGUUUUUUUAUGCAGUAAUUCCAGCCAUUUUGUAACUUGAAAAUGCUAUUACUAGCUUGUUCCGGCCAUUCUUUAUAGCUAGUCUGCUCAAGCUUGCCGUCUUGUAGCUCUUUAGUUUAGAUUUAGUUUGAGGCUAGGACUGCCUGUCCAACGGAGAAGGAGCGAGGGAGUGAAGCGGAGUUGCGUACUGUAUAUGUCCAUCUGAACGGGGAACUACGUUUUCAAUAUGCGGAGCGAGGCUGCUAGUACGCGACGAGUCAUUUCGAGUACCCGGCCGCGAGCUACUGUUUAAGUUUUACGCAAAAUGUCAUGGACGGUCAAUAAGUUAAGAAACUAUUACCUCACAUUGCCUGUGGAGAACGUCAGAAGAAACCGAAUUCAACACUCGCUUCCUCGCUCCGCUUACUGGUUCUGUAUAUUUUAAACUAGUUCGCAACUCUCUGUUCACUAAAGAGCAGAGAUUUUGUGCAAUCCUAUUGGUUAAUUUCUGUUUCUCUCUCAGCGCCGGUGGACAGGCAGCCUACGAAUGAUAUAUGCGUACUAUGCUCGCUAAGUAGGUUUAGUACGUCUAGGACAUAGGCCCUGGGUUUAAAUUUCCUCAAUCGAAUUAAUCUAACGAAAUUUUAAUGUGCCAGUGGACAGAGUAUCGAAACUCGUAUUGACAGCUGCCAAACUUGACAUGACCUCCAAGGUCAGCCAAUGACAAUGUUAAAGUACGUAACAUGGCAACCCUCAGUCGGGUCGUUUUAAGUGUACAUUUAAUUAACUUGCCUUCAACGUCCUUACCAUUCCUAUAAGCGUCGACAGAACUCCUUUGCUCUAUCUUUUGCAGCCCUUUAAUCUAGUUAUAACUAUUUAUGGUUGUUUAAGGCAUUUUGUAUUUGUACUGACUUUCGAUCCAAGUCAAAUAAUGUUUAAGAUAGUUUUUUGAUGUUUAGUUAUUUUGUUACUGCAGUAUUAUGUUGCAUUUCUUAAACUGCGCGUGUUGAAGAUUUGUUUGUAGAAUUGAUGUUUUAUUUAUUUAUACACUAUUAUUUGUUAUUAUUCAAUAUAAGGGUGAGUUAUCUCAUUGAAUUUUGAACCAAAGUUUAAUAUAGGUUGAUGGAUCAAAAUUCAUUGAAGCACAAACUUAAAUACCAUGUGUGACUACGAAAAACCCCUAAGAAACGAGAAAUGGCGAUGUCUGCCGUACGUCAAAAAAUUACCGGAUACAGGGGCUUUAUCACACAGACGAUAACCGGGCUAUGCGAUGCGCAGCGUUCUCGAGACCGCGUCGUGUACGCUCAGUAGCCAAAUGGAUUUUGACGAGAAAACACUCGUUCGAAGCACACCAAGAAAACGCUUUAAAAUCGCUAGUGUGAUAAGGCCCUAGUUCUCGCAUCUCUCGUUUCAUAACUUCACUGUUAGCAGACAAAGCGCUAAUCGCUCGAGACGGUUGUUCGAAUGUUAGGAAAAGAUUUAGUUUUAAAGGUUUUGCUCUAGAGAAACGAUGCGUCCAAAAUGUGAAAUUAGUUGUCUACUUCGUUCUAAAUCACCGCAUUCCACGUAGAAAGAAGUGCCAAUUAUAUGCUAUAUUUAUUUAUACUUCUAUACAUAGAUAUUUUAAGAACUUGAAAACCCGAUAGUGAGAUUUUUUGUUAACAUGUAUGUGUACUGAGAAUAAAAGUAAUAAAUA